CCUGUAGUGGCAGCUACUCGGGAGGCUGAGGCCAGAGAAUCACUAGAAAAGAAAUCCAGGCCCCCCAGUAUCCCCCUCCUCUUGGAGCCCAGUACCCUAGGCUCCUUCAGACCAAAGAUCUGGACCCCAGCUCCAUCCUUCCCCAGGGACCUAGUAGUCCGCCUCCCAAGUCCACCCUGCCCAUUCAGGGACUGCGUUCGCCGGAGCGCGACCCGGGGACUCCCAGGCUUGUGGGCGGGCCCUGCCCAGGACUGGGCGGUGCCAGAACCCCUAGUUUAAAAACUCGCGGGUACCGGACCUAAGAUCGGGGACCCGGCGGUGGCUCCGCGGGGGAAACAGCGAGGCUGGCGCAGCGCCGAGGCCGCGGCCCUGGGGGCCCGCAAUCCACGCCAAGGAAUCCCCGAGGUAACGGGUGCGGGUAGGGCACGCUCGGCCAGCUAAGAGAGUGAGGGACUGAGGAUCGAAAGACUCCCGAGGCCCUGAGGGACGGAGCUGGAGCGUCAGUCCUGUGUCCCGAGAGUGAGGGUCCUAGGUGUUUGGAGGAGGAGGGGAUCGUGGAUCGUGACGGAGGGGCGGCUGGGAUCUCGGACUUCUGGGUCCUGGGGGUGCAGGGGUCUGGGGAUCUAGGAUCGCGGUGCCCCGAGGGUGAAAGGGCUGGGAGGUUGGACCCCUGGGUCCUUGGAGGUGCUAGGGGUUGCUGGCAGCCGAGACUCCUAACCCUAGAAGGAGGGACUGGGCUGAGCGCUGGGGGGCGUGGUUGCUUAAAAUCGGCGCGGGUCUCGGUGGGGAAGGGUCCGGAGCCUGGCCUCAGGGGUCUACGCUGGCGGUGACCCUGCCUCUGCCCCGCCCUGGGAUUUCCGGAUCGCCACCCGUGCGGGGCUGAGCAGGAAUUCCCCUUGCGCGGGGAUUCCACGAGCGCCACGCUCGGCCGCGCACCCCGCCUCGGAGCAGGACACCUGGGGCACAGGCCUAGGGGGAAGGGGAGGAUGGAAGAUUCCCUUGCGUGAGCGCCGUGGCGUCAUUGCGCCGCGUCCGGGCGGUUUCCGAGCCACCUCCUCCCGCCCCCGCCCCCAGCAAUCCCCGCUUAACCCUUCCUCCGCCGGAAUUCAGGCUCAAGGUGAGCAGGGGUGAGCGCAGUCACUGCCCAACGCAAACCGUGAAGAAGCUUCUGGAAGAGCAGAGGCGCCGCCAGCAGCAGCAGCCGGACGCUGGCGGGGUGCAGGGACAAUUUCUCCCUCCCCCAGAGCAGCCCCUGACCCCAUCUGUGAAUGAGGCUGUGACUGGCCACCCUCCCUUCCCAGCACACUCGGAGACUGUGGGUUCUGGACUUAGCAGCCUGGGUCUCCCCAUGGGCUUUCCAGACUGGGACCCCAACACGCAUGCUGCCUACACAGACAGCCCCUACUCUUGCCCUGCUUCUGCUGCCGAAAGUUUCCUGCCUCCUGACUUCUACCCACCCUCGGACCCAGGGCAGCCGUGCCCAUUUCCCCAGGGCAUGGAGGACCCCCCGGACACCCGGUUCUAUGCAGAAUCUUCCCUACCACAGGCAGGACCCUGGAGAGUUUCUACACUCCCUUCGGGACCCCCACAGUUCCCCGCUGUGGUCCCUGGACCAUCGCUGGAGUCGGCCCGAGCUCACAUACUGGCUUUGGGGCCACAGCAGCUGCUGGCCCAGGAUGAGGAGGGGGACACGUGAGUAUAGGGGAUGGGGUUGUCUGCAGACUCUUGGCUUGGCGGGGGCUGUUCUCACGCCUGUCCCCCCAUCUGUCCUCAGGCUCCUUCACCUGUUUGCGGCUCGGGGGCUGCGCUGGGCGGCGUAUGCUGCGGCUGAGGUGCUCCAGGUGUACCGGCGUCUUGACAUUCGUGAGCAUAAGGGCAAGACCCCUCUCCUGGUGGCGGCUGCUGCCAACCAGCCCCUGAUUGUGGAGGAUCUGCUGAACCUGGGAGCAGAGCCCAACGCCACUGACCAUCAGGGACGUUCGGUCUUGCACGUGGCCGCUACCUACGGGCUCCCAGGAGUUCUCUUGGCUGUGCUUAACUCCGGGGUCCAGGUUGACCUGGAAGCCAGAGACUUCGAGGGCCUCACCCCGCUCCACACGGCCAUCCUGGCCCUUAACGUUGCUAUGCGCCCUUCUGACCUCUGCCCCCGGGUGCUGAGCACGCAGGCCCGAGACAGACUGGAUUGUGUCCACAUGUUGCUGCAAAUGGGUGCUAAUCACACCAGCCAGGAGAUCAAGAGCAACAAGACAGUUCUGCACUUGGCCGUGCAGGCUGCCAACCCCACUCUGGUUCAGCUGCUGCUGGAGCUGCCCCGGGGAGACCUGCGGACCUUUGUCAACAUGAAGGCCCACGGGAACACAGCCCUCCACAUGGCGGCUGCCCUGCCCCCUGGGCCGGCCCAGGAGGCCAUCGUGCGGCACCUGUUGGCAGCUGGGGCGGACCCCACACUGCGCAACCUGGAGAAUGAGCAGCCCGUUCACCUGCUGCGGCCCGGGCCGGGCCCUGAGGGGCUCCGGCAGCUGUUGAAGAGGAGCCGUGUGGCGCCGCCAGGCCUGUCCUCUUAGGACUCAAACCCAGACCCUGGACUGAUUUUCCAGUCCCCACCGUCCUGCGGGACAGCCAGCGUAUGCUAAUGUUGCAAAACCAUGAUAAUGUAUGUGGAAUAUCCUGCCAUUGGGGUCUUACAUUAAAACCCCAGAAUGGCUGCAGAGGGGUGAACAGGCCCCAAUAUUUGGGGUGCUGUGAUACCCCUCUUCUACCCACAAGGAGCCCUCUUGAUGAUUUCUGUGAAAUCGAGGCCCCUUGUUUGUUUCUGUGAAACACCCUGCACCCUUAGUCCUUUCCCUGCGGAGAUCCUUCGGGUUCUCUUCCGUAACUCAGCUCUUCGUUCCCAGAAACCCAAAUGUAAUCCCCCUACGUGGUGCUUGGGGCAUCUCAAUACCAUCUCAGUAAAGCUCCUACGAUGGCCUCCUCGCCCUCGCCAGGACCCACACCCUUUGGGUCCUCACCCUGAGACAGGAGGGACCCUCUGAGAUCAGGGACCCUUAGGUCCCACUGCUCUCUGAUUCAGAACUCAGCUGGGCCCCGUUCCAGACCCCAGCAUUCCUAGUCACUCCCUCCUUAAUCUGAGCAUCUCUCAAGCUCUUUAUUAAAGUCAAUUUGGGUCAG